AUGGAGUCGUUGCAUGCGCGUGUGGGCGCCACGGAGACGGACAUGCUGGCCAGCGUUGUGGCGCCGGCUCCCCUUACCCCGCCUCCACUCUCGCCUCCCACAGCUCCAACGUGGCAGGUCCGCGCCUCACGCUUGCGUUUCUCCAACGACAGGUUGGCGGGCGAGCUGUUGAUGGCGUGGGAGUCGGAGAGGGACACGGAGCAUCGCCCUGAGGAGGCCGUGCUGCUCCACUCGUGCGUCGUCGCGCUUGAGGGCGCCAAGCCCGACGGCUUCAGCGCCACCAAUUUCUUCAUCUUCCGCCUCGAGGACUCGCAGGGCAACAUGCUGCUGCGCUUGAGCUCCAGAGACGAAGCAGAGGUUUACAACUGGAUGCUUGCUUUGCAGGCGGCAGGGUGCUGUGCGGCCACAUCGUCGUGCACUGCACCGCACCUGCACCAGCACCACGCCACAGGCGCCACUAAGGGAAUGGCGGGGUCGAUGAGAGCGGAGGAGGCGGCAGGGGAGGCGUCAGAGGCGUCGGCGGGCGAGGUGACGAGCAGCAGCUCCUCCGUUGAGCGCGCUGACAGCUUCGCUGCCUCUCUGCGCCACGCCCCGCUGCAUGCCGCUUCACAUGGCCGGGAGGGCGCAUGGCCGGGCGGGGUGGGUGCGGCGUGGGCGCAGCAGGGGGCGGCAGGUGGUGGUAGCCACAGUGAAGCGGCAGUGGUGCGGCGGAGGAAGGGCAGGGACGAGGGCGACAGCAGGAGUUCGUGCCAGCAUGAGCAUGGGCGUGCGGGGCAAGGGGAGGAGGGUGCGCAGCGAGUGAGGAAGGCUGGAGAGAGAAGGGGGGUGCCAUGGGUGUGUGCACCGGCGCACAAGCAUGUGAGGGAAAGCCCUCUGAGCUCCGUUGCCAUCUUCCAACAGAGCCAUGCAGGGCUGUUCAACUUGUGCAUUGUGCUGCUGGUGGCGGUGAACAGCCGCCUCAUCAUUGAGAACCUCAUGAAGUAUGGCAUCCUGGCGCGCUCUAGCUUCUGGCUCUCCAGCAGCUCGCUGCGUGAAUGGCCUCUGCUCAUGUGUGGGCUGAGUCUGGCAGCGUUCCCCCUAAUGGCGCUCUGCAUUGAGAAGCUGCGCGCACACGGCUACAUCACUGAACAGGUUACGGCAUUUUUGCAUGUUGUCAACAUUGCAGGAGAGUUUUUCUACCCAGCUAUCGUCAUCAACAGGGUGCAUUCUCAGCCUCUGGGCGGCUUUCUGUUGAUCUUUGUGGCGGUGACGGUGUUCAUGAAGCUCAUCUCGUACGCGCACACGCUGCAUGACGUGCGCAAGAGGCUGUCGGAAGGCCAUCAGCUGGUGCCUGCUGCAGGGGCGCCAGUGGUGCAGUACCCUCUGAACCUCACAGUGGGCAACCUCUGCUACUUCAUGGCUGCGCCCACCCUCUGCUACCAGCUGGGGUACCCUCGAGCACCGCAUGUGCGCAAGGGGUGGCUGCUGCAGCAGGUGGUGAAGCUACUGACGUUCACAGGGCUCGUGCUAUUCAUCAUUGAACAGUACAUCAACCCCAUAAUCAAGAACAGCCAGCAUCCCCUCAAGGGACACUCUCUGUACAGCAUAGAGCGCGUUUUGAAGCUCUCCAUCCCCACCCUCUACGUGUGGCUCGGCAUAUUCUUCUGCUUCUUCCACCUCUGGUUGAAUAUCCUGGGCGAGUUGCUAUGCUUUGGAGACAGGGAGUUCUACCGGGACUGGUGGAACGCCAAGACCAUAGAGGAGUACUGGAAGCUUUGGAACAUGCCUGUGCACCGGUGGAUGGUGCGCCACAUCUACUUCCCCUGCCUCUCCAUCGGCCUCACCAAGCCGCUGGCAGUGUUCGUGGUGUUCUUCCUCUCAGCUGUCUUCCACGAGGUACACAACCUUCCCCACCUCUCAUCAUCCUGCCUCCCCCCGACAUCAUUUCACGGCAUAUGCUACCUCUUCCCCGUGGCAGCGGGAGGUGCGGCGGAGGAAGUGGAGGAGGUGGGCGGUUUGAAGCGAGACGACACGCGUGUUCAACGAGGUGGUUGGCGGGCGAAAUCGCGGGUGUGCGCGGCGAUGGCGAUGGGAGACGUGGAGCUGGUGUCGCGGUCGUUGCAGUUGGAGCAGAAGCUGUUCCACCUCGACCUCAAGGACAACCCGCGCGGCCGCUACCUCAAGAUCAGCGAGCGCACGGCGCUCAACCGCUCCACCAUCCUGGUGCCGCUGGCGGGGGUGGUGUGGUUCGUGGAUCUGUUCAACUACUACGCCAACGGCGGCGAGCAGGGCCAGCUCAACAGCAAGGAGCUGCAGCUCGACUCUAAGGUGUUCUACUUCGACGUGGGAGAAAACCCCCGUGGUCGAUUCCUCAAGGUGUCGGAGGCGAGUCGCAUGCAUGGGCGCAGCACCAUCAUAGUGCCUGCCACCACGGGGACCACCCCCGGCGCCACUGAUGAUGGCUGGGCCGCCUUCCGCAAUGCGCUGGUGGAAAUUCAUGAGGCCUCCCUUACCCUGCCGGGCGCCGCACCUGGUGUGGCAGCAGCAACCACCGCAGGCUAUGAUGCAGGGGCAGCAGCAGCAGGGGGCACUCAGGCGAAUUUGGCAGGCGUAGGCUCUUCAGUAGGGGGUGCGGUGGUAGCGGCAGGUGCGACAGCAUCGCGUGUGAUUGUGGCGGACCAGAAGCGCUUCUUCCUGGACCUGGGCUCCAAUCCUCGCGGCCACUUCCUCAAGAUGUCUGAGGUGCUUGGUGCAGAUCGCUCUUCCAUCAUCAUCCCAGCGUCUGCUGUUGCCCAAGUGCAUGACGCCAUUGGCCAGCUUAUUGCUGAGCUGCAGGCGCACGGAGGGUACUCCUCGCAGCCUGCUGGCCCUGUGGUUCGCACACUUGGGCCUGCACCUAAGCGCCCAGAGAAAUGA